CCCUAUCAUGUGAAAACGCACCACUAUUGCUGCAACAUCCCAUCGCCAAGCGGGACGUUGACCAGGGCUAUUUUUCAUUUAAACUGCAAGUUAAACGAAAAAAAGCUCGCACCUAUAGUACCGGCCGCGCGAGCCAUAAUUCAAAGCAGCACGGACUGCUAACUGCGAGUCUGGUUCGUCCAGCCUUGCCGUGUAAGCCACCAACACAACAAAACAAUGGGGGCUCUCAGUUGAUCCGCGGCUUGUUUUGUCGUGUGUAUCUUGUGAUUUUGUAUACUUUGCUUGCGAGGUAAGUAUUAAAAGUAAAGUAUUGUUUUGUUUUGUAACGAUUCGCAUAUGUCAACGGAUAUCGGGCGCCGGGUGUUGCACAUCAUCGGCGUUCUGCUCAUCCCGGAAUCGCCGCGGCUGCCUCUAUCCACCACCAACAGGAUUUUCCCCUGGUCUCCGGCCCGUCCCCUGCUGCUGUCAUCGAACAACGCUUCCGGUUCAUAUUCUUGCGCUGUGUAGGCGGAAGAUGACGAGAUAAAAUUUAAUCCAACUAUGUAACAAGGGACCUGUAUCCUCCGCAGAAAUUCUGCCCUAGUCUUUCUUGUUAACACCCGACUACACACCGCCAACGACUUACAUCACCAUGAUACUCGGUAACAUUCUCGCCCUCGCGGCCCUAACAAGCUCUGCGCUUGCUGCACCGGCCUCACAGAGCGCCACUUCUAGCAGAAUCAUUCCUGGUAGCUACAUCAUUACACUGAAGGAAAAUGUCGAGGCACGAGCAAUGCAAGCACACAUCAAUUGGGUUGGUGCGGUGCACAAGCGCAGCAUCAAGAAGAGAGAUACCACUGGCGUGGCUAUUGAGUAUGCCGGUACCUUCAAGGGCUACGCAGGUAGCUUUGACGAGGACACGAUUGCGCAGAUUCGCGACCAUCCAGACGUUGUCAACGUUGAACAGGACAAGAUGUGGCAUCUUGCGUACCAGAAGCCUUCGCAGCAGCCUAUCCGCCGCGCAGGCCUAGUCAACCAAAAGCGCGCCCCGUACGGCCUAGGGUCCGUUUCUCACCGCACAGCCGAUAUUUGGGAAUACAUCUACGAUGCUACGGCUGGCCACGAUACAUAUGCCUAUGUACUUGACACCGGUAUCCGCAUCACACACAACGAGUUCCAAGGCCGCGCAAAGAACGUAUAUACUGCCUUCCCGGGCCAGUGGAACGAUACACACGGCCAUGGCACACACGUCUCGGGCACCAUUAUCGGCAACGAGUUUGGCGUGGCCAAGAAUGCCACGGCACUGUCCGUCAAGGUCUUUGAGGGCGAGGACUCGCCUACAUCGACUAUUCUCGGUGGCUACAACUGGGCCGUCAACGACAUUAUUGCCAACAACAGACAAAAUAGCUCCGUCAUCAACAUGAGCUUGGAGGGAGAAGAGUCCCAGGCGUACAAUGAUGCUUUGGAAAAGGCGUACAAGGCGGGAAUUCUGAGUGUGGUGGCAGCUGGAAACAAAGCUAAAGAUGCUUCCAACGUAUCGCCAGCAAGCUCACCAUACGCAUUUACUGUGGGUGCCGUCGACCGAGACUGGAUCUUUGCGGAGGAGUACUCCAACUACGGCAAGGCUCUGGAUAUCCUGGGCCCUGGCACCGACGUCCUCUCUGCUUGGAACGACGGUGAUGGUAUGUCCCGCGUUAUCAGUGGCACUUCCAUGGCUACACCUCAUAUUGUCGGUCUCGCCCUCUACGCCAUGUCCAUUUACAACAUCCACGGUCCCAAGGCCAUCACCGACUUCAUCUUGUCGACGGCAACCAAGGGCGCCGCUACAGGUAGCCUACAAGGCUCGCCCAAUCUCAUUGGCAAUAACAAUAAUAAGCUGCAGCCCAGCCGAAAGCCUUGAGAUUGGUCAUUGUGAUUUUUGAAUUCUUUCCGGCUUGCUUUGGCGUUGAUAGACUUGCAAUGAGUGAAGGCACUUACGUAUUUAGAAACGGCGGCAGGAUUUGAAAUAGGACUGCCUUGAUAGCCCCAUAUUAGAUGCUAUAGAGUAGAUGUAGCUUAUGUUGCUGCUUGGUAGCAUGAUUAUGAUAAAUAUAAACCAGAUAAGACUCUUUUCGAGACAACCAAGGAAAACGAGACUAUGUGCAUGUUCUCAUGUCUAUGAUAUCAGACAUACAGGUGCUCGGCGGCGGAGUCGGCUCUAACCGAAACGCACUGCUUGCCCAGUUAGUCCUAGUCUUGGGCCCAUUCAUGCAUGCAGGCAGAUGCAGCAAAACAACGUGCGUCCCAGAGGCGGCGCAACAGCAGUACCGAUCGCCGCUCUAUCAGACGUAAAAAAAAGCCCGGAUGAUACGCGCAUCUGCAUACUCAUGGCUGUUAGCUUAUGGAUGAUUUAAUAGCUGAAGCAUUGACAUGGCUACGACUGUGCAUCGGGGUGGUUCAAGCCUGCUCCGUUGUUGCAUGGGGUUGCUUGGAGGUGGCGUCUCUCACUUGGAGGGCUAUAGCGAGUUACAGGAUGCUGUAAGGCGCCGUCAUGCCCAACGACGGGUGUCUUGUCGGUGGCUUGCCGGUCAAGGCAACAACAUGUGUAAAGAGGCCCAAAAGGGCGCGUGAGUAUAGGGCUAUGUCUAUGAGCACAUGUGGUCGAUAUGGUUGCUCUUGGUUCUGGAGCCCGGUUUUCGGAGCGAGACUUCCAGAAGGCUUCCAAGACAUGGGUGUGGCGUCCACAUAGGUGCGCCUUUGAACACGUUCUAGAUGAUGAGGCACCCAGGCGCUGGGAAAGCUUUGCCUGGCCUUGCGGCUCACGAGCUUGCUUCUGCCGAGCUGUCUGUCGCUGAUUAGGGCACAAUUUGUGAUCUUCGUCAGCUAAACCAGUUCUGUUGUCCGUGCGCCGGGUGCCCUGCUGUCCUGGGGAUCGCGGCACAAUUUGUAUUAUAGCUAUAUCCGCCGUCUUAUUCAGAUUCAGGAAGGUGCCUUUUGGCUUGGCGUCUGGAAGUGUGCUGACGGGGAGCCGGCUGUGGGAAGCAAGCAGGGUUCGUAGCAGAGCGCUGUUGGGGCCCGAGGUGAGAGCAUCUGGGGCCACUACAACCUCAGGUCCCCAUCUGUUGACCAUUCAGAGGGCGAGACAGGUUCGGUCGCAUCUGAGAGCAUGGCAUCAUCUGUUUUUUACUCAAUUCAUUUCAACUCACCGAGGGCGCCGUAGUAUUGGGCUGGAUCUUCAGGUUACCACAACCCCUUGGCUUCUAAGCGCCGUCAAGAGAUGCGUUUCAGCUGAGGGUCCUUGAGACGACGCUGUACUCUGGUCAGAUCCCGAUAUAGACAUUCGAUGGUUGGCCUGGGAGGCAAAUUGGACGCCUAGUUGUAGGUUACGUAUCGCAGUGCCUGACCGGAUGGCCAAUGCCUGAGGAACCAUGGACAUGCACCGAGACACAGGCAGCGUGUCUGUCUGCGCAAGCGAGAGCAACGAGGGCCAUGCUUGCUAGGAGAACUGGAGCCGAGGAACCAACCUAGGCUGCUGCCACAGGGCAGAGAUCCAAUCUGUAAUGGAGCUCCGAAGCCCUGUCAGCCUGCCCUUCUGGGCUCAAGUUCCAAACAGGCGGGACGGGGAUGCCGAAGAACUAACAAUGCUAAACAGGGCGCUAAGAGGGGAGCGGGUCAGGCACUGACUGGGUGCUGUGUCCUAAAAGAGGCAAUGGCGCACAAGCUAAGAAAAGAGCUAUUUUGCCGUUGCUUGUCAUGAAGGCUAUAAUGAAAAAGAGGGGUACGGUACGCGUGUGUAUGUGAGUGUGUGUGCCGGUUAUCGGUGUUGCAGGCUAUUUGAUGGAUGGGUGAAAUGAGGGGGCGGAGAAGAGAUGCAGAAGAA